AUGGGCUCUACCGACAAUGACGUCGCCUUCUUCGCAAAGGCCGACAAGUACCUCAUGUCCACCGGCGUUCCAUACUCCCCCGUCGUCAUCACAAAGGCUCAAGGCACCCGCCUGUACACCGAAGAUGGCCGCUCAGUCCUCGACUUCACCUCCGGCCAGAUGAGCUCGCUCCUCGGCCACUCGCACCCGGAGAUCGUCGAGACCGUGAAAAAGUACGUCGCCGAGCUCGACCACCUCCUCAGCAACAUGAUCACCCACCCCGUCGUCGACCUGGCCGAGCGCCUCGCGCGCUUCCUCCCACGCCCACUGGAGAAAUCCUUCUUUCUAAACACAGGCUCCGAAUCCACCGAAGCAGCCAUCAAAAUGGCCAAACUGUACACGGGCAACUUUGAAAUUGUCGCAUUCGCCGCUAGCUACCAUGGGCUCACCCAGGGGUCUGGAUCAGCCACGUACUCGGCUGGUCGCCGACGCGGCGGACCAUGCAUGCCCGGCCAGCUCGCCUUCCCGGCCCCCUACGCCUACCGCUCGCACUUUCGCAAGCCCGACGGGUCCUAUGACUGGGAGGCCGAGAUGGACUUCGGGUGGUCGAUGAUCGACCGGCAGAGUGUGGGUUCUCUUGCAGCAUUCAUCAUGGAACCGAUCCUUUCGACGGGCGGGAUCCUCGAUCCGCCCAAGGGGUACUUCAAGCGCAUGGUCGACGAGUGUCGCAAGCGCGGGAUGCUGGUCAUCAUGGACGAAGCGCAGACGGGCGUCGGGCGGACGGGCCAGAUGUUCGCGUUCGAGUACGACGAGAUCGUGCCUGAUAUCCUUGCCCUCUCCAAGACUCUCGGCUGCGGCCUCCCCCUCGCAUCCGUCAGCACAACCGUCGAAAUCGAGCGCGGCUGUCACGAGGCCGGCUUCCUCUGGCUGACAACACACCUCAACGACCCGCUCACCGCAGCCGUCGGGAAAAAAGUCCUAGAGAUCGUAGAACGGGAUAACAUUUGCCAACGGGCCUCCGAGCGAGGCGCGCAGCUCCGCGAGGGGCUCCUGAAGCUACAGAAGAAGUACUGGUGCAUUGGCGAUGUCCGGGGGCGGGGGCUCCUCCAGGGGAUUGAGAUCAUUUCGGAUGCCGAGACGCGGGCGCCCGGUUCGGAGCUUGGGCAGCAAGUGUCGGAUCGGGCGAUGGCGCGGGGUUUGUCGUGUAAUGUGGUUAAUCUUCCGCGGAUGGGGGGCGUGUUCAGGCUUGCUCCACCGGUCAUGGUUACGGCGGAGGAGAUUGAGGAGGGGUUGAGGAUUCUGGAUGAGUCGUUCGGAUACGUGUUGAAGGCGAUAUCUUGA